AUGCGGGUGUCUGAGGGUGGCCGCCCCGAUGAGACAGCCUUUCACCCAGCUCCCCGGGGGCUUCGGGCAGUGCCCAGGCCUAAGAUGGAAGCAUCGGGUGGGGAUUUUUCGGCUUUGCCUCGCAGGGCUGUGGCCGCGCCUCCGGCACCGGACCCCUGCUCGCUGGGGAGGGGGGCGAGAGGUUUCCGCAUCACAGUUCUGUCUCCAGCUGCCCUUUCUUGCAGGAAAGUAGAAAAAGUUAACUUUUUUGGUUUGAACUUUAUUGAUUUGAUGGUGCGACAGGGGAAUAUCGACAACCCUCCUAAAACGCCGCUUGUUCCUGGGUUUGAAUGCUCUGGAAUUGUAGAAGCUCUUGGAGAUAGUGUGAAAGGAUUUGAGAUUGGAGACAGAGUCAUGGCUUUUGUAAACUACAACGCAUGGGCUGAAGUAGCAUGUACCCCAGUAGAAUUUGUGUACAAGAUCCCAGAUGACAUGAGUUUUUCUGAAGCUGCUGCGUUUCCCAUGAACUUUGUAACUGCCUACAUGAUGCUCUUUGAAGUUGCUAACCUAAGAGAAGGCAUGUCUGUGCUGGUCCACUCGGCAGGAGGUGGGGUGGGUCAAGCUGUGGCUCAGCUCUGUUCAACCAUUCCCAAUGUUACUGUUUUUGGAACAGCUUCAUCUUUCAAACAUGAAGCAAUCAAAGACUCGGUAACUCACCUGUUUGACAGAAAUGCAGACUAUGUUCAAGAAGUAAAAAGAAUCUCGACGGAUGGAGUAGAUAUUGUUUUGGACUGUCUUUGUGGAGAAAAUACUGGGAAAGGCCUCAGUCUUCUCAAACCACUUGGGACUUACAUUUUAUAUGGUUCAUCUAACAUGGUUACUGGGGAGACAAAAAGCUUCUUCAGUUUUGCAAAAUCAUGGUGGCAGGUUGAGAAAGUAAAUCCUAUCAAGCUGUAUGAGGAGAACAAAGUCAUUGCUGGAUUUUCCCUGUUGAAUCUACUUUUCAAGCAGAAUCGAGGUGGCCUGAUCAAGGGUGUGAUGGACAAACUCCUAAAUCUAUAUAACAAUAAGAAGAUCAAGCCUGUGGUUGAUUCAUUAUGGGCUUUGGAAGAGGUGAAGGAGGCCAUGCAGAGAAUCCAUGACCGAGGAAAUAUAGGAAAACUAAUUCUGGAUGUGGAGAAAGCACCCACUCCCCUGAUGGCCAACGACAGCACAGAGACAAGCGAGGCUGGAGAAGAGGAAGAAGACCAUGAAGGGGACAAUGAGAAUAAAGAGCGCAUGCCAUUCAUCCAGUAACAGCCAGAGGUGGUGGAAGCAGAAAGAUUGAUGAAGUAGAAGGGAACAAGACUGGGAAAUCUAUUCUGUGCAUCAGUGAACAAAUGCUGUAGUACAGUGUGUGUUGUAUUUGUCUGCAGUCAGCUGAGCUAUGAGCUGUUGAUCAUUGUUGUUUUGAACUCAAGUGCCAUUGUCAUCCAGUGCAGUAUUAUGACAUUCCUGUGUAAUAGCCAAUUUCCCUGUAGGAGUCCCAUGGAUUUUUCUGUUCCGGUUUAAAAGCCUUAUUAACUUCCUGUGUAAUUUUAGAUGGGCAUCUUUCUCGUGCAAAUUCCAGCAUUUUGCAUAAAGUUAUUUGGGGGGUUUGGGCUUUUUUUGCAAGUUGGAAACAGUAACAAAAAAAAUUCCCCACUUGCUGUCUGGAAGAUUCUAGUGACUGGAGGGAGGAUUUUAAGUUUGUGGAUUUUCAGUGUUUAAAAUAGUUUUCCUUUUAUGAACCACAGAUAAAAGUUGCAA